AAUUUUUGUAAACAAGUUGCAAAAUCAACCGCUUUUUUGGUAAUUUUGGUGUUUUUUUGGAGAAAAAUUGGCAAAAAAUCUUUAUAAAAAUAUUAUUUUUCGUUUUAUUAUGUGAUAAAGAUCGUAUCGAACAUGACCAGCCGCCGAGCAGCACCGAAACAACAAUGUAAAGUGACUUCCACUCAAGAGGAUUUCGUUCACGAAUGCACUUGUAACGUAGCCCUGAAACAAUUUCGCAAAGAUAUGAGACAAUUAGAGUCGAAUACUCGUUCCUGCAGUUGUCAAAAUACCAAACCUUGUAAUAAAACCACCCAAUCCAAUCGUGGAAAUCGAACGACGCCGAUGAAAUCGAAACCAGCUUCGAAACCAGCACCCCAAACACCCAGUAAGAACAAAACUUGGUUCGAAGUGCUCGCUGAUAGUCCGAGAAAACCCAAAGAGAAGGUUGAAGUCAACGGGUGUGAUUCUUCUUGUAAAUAUUCGUCGAUAUUUUCCCAUUUGGUGGCACCUAAGAGUGACGAUGAUGCGAAAAAUGGUAAAAUCAAGCAGUUUGGGUUAUUGAUGGAUAUUUUGUAUAAGAAAAUACAGCAAACGAAUGAUCACGAACUGGUGAAUAUUGUAAAUGAAAUAAACAACGUGAUGUAUUCGUCGAAUGCUCAACAAAAUAAAGUUUCUAGUUCCCAGAGCUAUGAAAAUUCGAAAUAUAAUUCAAAUGUGCAAGAUCAACGAUAUAUUUUACGUAGAAAAUUAUUAGAAAUGGAGAAACCUGUAGAGAAGCCAGUUAAACAGAAAGAUGAUAUUAAAUUGAAAGCUUUGGCAAAAUUGCUGGAAAACAUGCAAUCUGUGAAUGAGAAAACCGAAACUCAUCAAGAAUCGUUGAAACAUUUAUCUGAACUGAUUGAAAAAUUGUACAAAGAAAACAAAGCAUUAAAUGAACAAAAAGACAAUAGGAUAGCUCUGGAAUCGAAACUGUCAUCGGCAAUAACCGAAAAUAGAUACCUUAAAGAACGAGUGCAUCUUUUAGAAAACGAAUGUAAAAGAUCACACGAAGAAAUAACGAAUUUAAAAAAUCGUGUUGGCCGAAUACGAGAAACCAUUACGAGAAAAAUAGAUUUCGAAGUUAACCCAGAGCUCGAUCACCAUUCGAUUACAUUAGAUUUAGAUGACACCGUAGCUACGGUUCCUUCAUGUCAUGAGAAUUUUGACGCUCUGAUUCGACCCGCCUCUUCAUCUCCAGCUCGCAGUAUCGAUUAUCAGGUGAAACAAGAUAGAUUGAAACGAACUGAAGAUGACGACAGUGGGAUCCAAUCCAAUGCUCAAGAUAACGAAAGGAGAUCUCGAAAAGUACCUUCUAGCUAUAAAAAUGCUAUUCUGGCGCUGCAAGCUACCGUUCAAAAAGCUAUGGAAGAAUUCAAACUCGAUACUAAAUUACACGAUGUGACUUUAGAUUUAAGCGAUGCGACGUGUAAACGUAGCUUAUCGCCGAUAAAUUUGAAUUCGUAGCUCGAUAGCUUAGCUAGAGCUGGUUUCGUGAUUUAAAAAAUAUCGCAGCGAAGUUGUAUUUUGCUGGAGUGUAAAUAGUUAAUCGUGGCCUUGAAAUAGUCUAGAUGAAUAUGUGCCAUUUUGAUACAGUAUUUUAUUAUUAUUAAUUUUGAUAUUACUCGAUUUUGACUGAUAUUUCAGUGAAAGUUUGUUUUAUAAUGUAUAUUUAUAAUAAACAACAGAUGUAGAUUCUUUUGUAAAAUACAGUAUGUAUAGUAAAUAAACAUCCA